AUGCUAAGCCCUCAAGUGACUAAUAUCGCAGUGAUGCUGCUAAUGAUGCAAGCAUCACGUAGAAUUGAUAUGGAAAAUGAACAAAAUAUUCAAUAUAUUCGUAUCGCUUAUAUUGUUUCUAUCGUUUCAUCAUACUUAAUUUAUAUGGUAAUUAAGAGAAAAAUUAUUGCAACUAACGAUGAAACUCCAGUAAAGAUUGUUUCUGCUAAAAAUCCAAUGAAACCACAAGAACCACAAACUACUGAAAUAUUAUCAACAAAGGAAUAUGAUUUAAGAGAAGUCGAUUCCGCUAUGAGAUCAAUUCUAAGUGGUAUGGCUAUGAUGGGUUUUAUGCAUCUUUACAUGAAAUACACCAAUCCUUUGUUUAUGCAAUGUAUUAAUCCAAUUAAAAAUGCUUUGGAACAUAAUGAAGCUAGAAUUCAUCUGUUCGGUCACAAAGCUGAAGGUGAUUUAAAGAGACCUUUUAAGAGUGUGGGUUUAUUAGAUGGUUUAAUGGGUAAUGCCGCUGCUGGUAAUGAUGAUUCAAAGAAAGAUGAAACUGAAGAAUCUAAUACUUUAGAAUCUGCUCCAGCUUCCGCUACUACUUCUGGUACAUCUAAUAGAAUUGAAGAAUUGAACUAG